AUGGCUACGGAAGAUGAUAACUUCGAUAUUGACAUUUAUGGGGAUGGCAGUGGUUACAACACCAAUGAGCCAGGCGACCAGAAUCAAGAUGACACCGACCUGGUCCUAGACGCCCCAGAGUCGACUUCUGCCGAACCUUCCGCGAACACAAACAACGCAGGCAGCAACACAGGCAGCGAUCCGAACAGCACAAACAACGCGCCCGCGGAGCCCAAUCCUUCUACCGACCCGACACACUCCGCAAACAGCGGCGACCAAACCAUGAACCAGCAACAGAAAACACCCCAAGAUGCUCAGGCCCCUCACGGGGUCAAGCGCAAGGACUAUGAUGACCGUCCAUCGGACCCAGAUGCGACUACUGCCUUGAUUAUCUCUGACCUGUUCUGGUGGACCACAGAGGACGAAAUCCGUGGCUGGAUCAACUCCGCCGGUGCCGAAGCCGAGCUCAAGGAUGUGACCUUCAGCGAACACAAGGUCAAUGGCAAGAGCAAGGGACAAGUUUUCGUCGAGUUCACAACAACCCAAGCUGCGACCGCCAGCAAGCACAAGAUCGAAUCGGGCGAAGCACCGGGACAGAGAGGUCGCAAGCAUAUGGUCACCUACACCAACCCGCACCAGAACCCGUUCAAGACCCUCCCUAAAGACGCGCCCAUGCGCAAGGACAACCGAAACAUGGGCGGCAACUUCAAUGCCGGUGGGAGCCAGAGCAACUUCGGCAUGAACAUGGGCAGCGGUGGCUACCGUGGCGGACGUGGUGGAUACAACCGUGGUAUGGGGGGCAGCAACUACAACAACCGUGGCAACUUCAACAACAUGGGUGGCUUCCAAGGCGGCGGUGGUCCCGGCAUGAUGGGCGGCUUCCAGGGCGGUCCCAUGGGAGGUAUGCAGAACUACGGCUUCAACAACCGCGGAGGCAUGAUGGGCGGCAUGCGCGGUGGACCAGGUGGUAUGCGUGGACGAGGUGGUGGGAACAUGGGCGGCAACAACAUGAUGGGUAUGCCAAAUAUGAACCCAAUGGCUGGCGGCAUGGCCAUGAAUCCAAUGGCUGGAGCGAUGAAUCCCAUGAUGAACAUGGGAAUGCAAGGUCAGUACUAUUACCCCCAGCCUCAGAUCAGCUACCCGGCGAUCACCUAUCCUCAGACCACCCCCGGAUGGCCGCUCUACGGUCCUACGGAGCCAUUCGCUGCGGAUGAGGAAGAGCGCUCGCUGUCAAACGUCUCGUCUGACACCAUUACAGGCCAAGGAUUCCAGGGUCCUAACCCGGCAGCCUUCAACCAAGGCUUCUUCAAUCAGGGUAGUACUGGCGGUGGAAAUGAUGCUUCAUGGAACCCGCACGGUGCGAAGCGCAGUCGACAGGAGUAG